AUGGCAUCCCUCUUAAUAUUGAGUGGCUCCUCUGAAGUGCCUCAAAGGGUCUCUCCACCUCAAAGGGUCUCUCCACCUCAAAAGGUCUCCCCUCGAGUUGCUCGCCAACUCAGGCCAACUGCAUUGGAGACUGAUUCUGCAUCUACUUCAAGUCAAGCUAGAAGAAUAUCUAAAGACAAAAGCCCAAAAGUGAAUGAGCGGAGAUCACCCAGAAGUCCAUUGCCUGAGAAGAAGGGCUCUCGUAGAAUAUCUGAAUUGGAAUCUCAGAUUUCUCAGCUCCAGGAAGAUCUGAAAAAGGCAAAGGACCAGUUGCAAUCUUCUGAAUCAUGCAAGGAAAAAGCUCAGCAAGAUGCUGAGGAGUCCAAGAAGCAAUUACUGUCCUUGUCUUCAAAGCUCGAAGAAUCCCAGCUGCAGCUUCCGGAGCUUUCUCUUUCUGAGGAAGCUCGUGUUAUCAAGCUUCACAAGAUAUCACAAGAAAAAGAUCGAGCAUGGCAGGUCGAGCUUGAGGCUGUGCGGAAGCAGCACUCGGUUGACUCAACUGCCUUGGCAUCUGCCAUUGGUGAGAUUGAGAGUCUUAAGGUGCAGCUUGAAUCGCUAGCUGCAUCCGAGGCUGAGCAGACAAAGCAUGCAGAAUCAGCAAAUGCUGAGCUCCAAAGCUUGAAAGGAAACUUGGCAGAAACGCUUUCUCUUUUGGAGAACAUGAAGAACCAAUUAAAGGACAGUAAGGAAUCAGAAGAUCACGCACAAGCACUGGUUGGUGAAACCCUACUGCAGUUGGAAUCUGCAAGAACAACAGUGGAGGCACUCAGGUUAGAUGGCAUGAAAUCAACAGAAGCUUACAACUCUAUUGCUUCAGAGUUAGAUCAGUCAAAGGCGCAUAUAAAUUUACUAGAAGAACUUGUUAGCAAACUCAAGGCUGACCUAAUUAUUGCAAGCGGCAAUGUUUCGCAAAAUCAGACUGGUGACCAUGACCUUCAGCAGGAAUUAGGAGAAAGGCGAGAGACUCUGGAAUCAAACCAGACUGAGGCAGAGCUUCACACCUUGAAGUCUGAAGUAAAACGGCUAAGAUCUACUCUUGACACCGCUGAGACUAAAUACCAUGAAGAACAAACUCAGAGCACAGUGCAGCUAAGAAGUGCUAAUGAACUGGUGGAGCAGAUAAAAUUUACAUCUAGUCAGAGAGAGGGGGAACUGGAGGCAGAACUGAAGAAAACCAAAGCUGAAAUUGAAGAGUUGAAGGCACACCUGAUGGAUAAGGAAACUGAAUUACAAUGCAUUUCAGAGGAAAAUGAGGGGCUGAAUUCCAAACUUGAGAAGAGCCUGUCAUGCCAGAGAGAGUAUGAACUGGAAAAGGAAUUGAAAGAACUGAAAGGGCAUGUUGUAGAUUUGAAGGCUCAUUUAAUGGAUAAGGAAACAGAACUACAGAGUAUAUCUGAAGAGAAUGACAUGCUGAGAUUGGAAAUCAACAAAAUCCAAAUGAACAAGAGUAAAGUAAACAAUGAGGUAGUGGCUGAAGUAGAGGCAGCAAGGUGCGCGGAGCGAGAGGCUCUCACGAAGCUUGGGAUUGUGAUGGAGGAGGCAGAUAAGAGCAACAAGAGGGUAGCAAGGGUGGCUGAACAGCUGGAGGCAGCUCAAGCAGCCAAUGCAGAAAUGGAGGCAGAACUGAGAAGGCUAAAAGUGCAGUCUGACCAGUGGAGGAAGGCUGCUGAGGCAGCUGCAGCCAUGCUUUCAGCCGGAAAUAAUGGCAAGCUCAUGGACAGAACUGCAUCUUUGGACAGCAGCUUUAAUCAUGUUACUGGGAAGUUUGGCUCACCAUACUCUGAAGAUAUGGAUGAUGAUUUACUGAAGAAGAAAAAUGGGAACAUGCUAAAGAAGAUUGGAGUCUUUUGGAAGAAGCCGCAGAAAUAG